AGUUAUUUCAUACCAUAUUAUGUCUAAACUUACGUCUACCGAAGCACAAUAAUGAAAACUAAUAAAUGUUGAUAAUGUUGCAUUUUUAAUCAAAACCAAUGGUAUAUGGUGUUGCCUUAGUUUCGUUGGACAAUUUUGACAAUUUUUUCCUAAUCACUUUUAUAUUGGAAGAGUGUUUUUUGGAAAGGAAUAUAAUUACAGUUAGCUUCUUGUAGGUAUUUUUGGUCGGGUGACCUCUUUGACAGCUGACAUAGUCUAUGUUUUUGUUCCAUAUCAUAACAAAGCAAAAUGUCGAUCAGGAAUGAAAAAAGCAAAAGGCAAAAACAUUUUCUUAUAUAUUACACGUAAUAUUUUAUAUAUUUUUUUUCGAGUUCUUGUUGAUGAUUUCAAGAUUGUGAUAAUAGUAUAAUGGGUGAAACAGAAAAUGUCGAGACGAGAACAGUAAAGCAUUCUAUUCCUAUUGAUAUUCUAAAUGACCUUUUAACGAGAUUUAUUAUUUGUGUGCCAGAAUCUGCGAAGCAGAAUUUAAUAAGAAUAUGUUUUCAAAUUGAGUUAGCUCAUUGGUUCUAUUUGGACUUUUAUGUUGGAAAUGAUAAUAGGUUAAAAGCAUGCAGUAUAUAUGAAUUUGCUGCACAUGUGUUUCAGCAUAUUCCCUACUUAAAAACCCAAAGUCAUAAGCUAAAUGAUAUCCUAGAAGAAUGGAAAGAGUAUAAACAAAGCGUACCAACGUAUGGGGCCAUAAUUCUGUCUGAAAAUUUAUCACACGUUCUUCUAGUCCAGAGUUAUUGGACAAAAUCCUCUUGGAGUUUUCCAAAAGGAAAAGUAAAUGAAGAGGAAGAUCCUGCCCAUUGUGCUAUUAGGGAAGUACUAGAAGAAACCGGUUUCGAUAUCAGCAAUCAUUUAAAUCCCGAAGAAUAUUUUGAAUCUACAAUAAAUGAUCAACUAGUUAGGUUAUACAUAAUAAAAAAUAUACCGAUGACAACAAAAUUCUGUCCGAAAACCAGAUGUGAAAUAAAGGCAUGCUCUUGGUUCGCCGUUACCGACUUACCGACCAGUAAAAAAGAUUCCACACCUAAGACAAAAAUAGGUGUAAAUGCUAAUGCAUUUUUUAUGGUUUUACCAUUUGUGAAAAGACUGAAACAAUUGUGUAAUCUUAAUGGUAGUACAAAUCAUCCCAGGCUUAGACAUAAGUCUGUAAGUUUGUGUGAAAACGAAUUGGUAUAUUCGAGACAUAGGACCAAAUCCAUGCAUAAUAAGUUAGAUGCAGAUGAUUUAAGGCAUAUCAAAAAACGUCAAGAGAAAAAACAUUCAAAGAAACAAUUGUUCUCGGAAGACGAUAAUUUCGAUUCGAACUUUUGUGCUCCCUCGUGGUUAAAUUUCAAAUUUGAUAAAAAUGCAAUCAUGGAAUGUAUGCCAUGAAAUUUUUUUUUGUGAAAUUUUUGAGUAUUAAAUGAUCUACCAUUUAAUAUAUAAUCUUGGGUUGUUCAUUUAAAUAAUUUUCAUUAUUUUUGUUGGUGUUGCUCAUUUUCAUAGUUUUAUUUUAUAAAAUUUAUUCAUUUUUUGGUAAAUUAUCUAUAUAUGUAUUUUGAAUGGUACAUCAUUUAUUCAACUUUGGAACAAAUAUUAUUUUAAAAGAAUAUCCGCUGCAAGAAUUUUUUCUGUAAUAAUUUGAAAUUUUGAAAAUUGUUAUUUAUUUUUGGUACAUUAACAUGUUGUAAUUAUUAUUGAACUAUAAAUUAAGGGGGUGUUCUGAUCUAGAAGCCUAAAUUUAAGGCAUUUUUGAAACUAACGUAAAAAAAUGAAAAACAUUUUUACUAUCCAUUUUUUUUAAAUAUUUAUUGACUGUAUAAGAGUAUAAAAAAAUUGUAAGAAAAAAACAAAAUUUCAAUGAAUUACAUGCCCGUUAAUUGGGGGCUAAAAAAACGGUGCACCCUGGUUGACAUGAUUCAAGCCCUUGUAGUGAUCUGAAACAAAAAAACCCACAAACUGGCGUUGACAUGAAAUAUAAAUUUUUUUGCGAAAAUUCUUUAUUCAAAAUUUGGAUCCAAAUCACUUGUAGAAAUCCUUUAUACUGAGUGUAGAUUUUCGUCAGUAAUUUGUGAUCGAUAUUUAUUUUCAUUAACAAUCAUUAACAAAAAAUACACUGCCGACAGAAAGUUUUCGUACAAGAUGAAAAUUUGUUAAAAGUAAAAUAAAUCAAAUUAGAACAAGUUUUAUUUGAAAAAUAUUAAAAGUCUUGUCUUUUUCAUUUUAUACUGCUACAUCUUCUUGUCAUCAAAGAAAUCCUGCCACUUGUUAACUACACUAACUAACUUUCCGAUCCAGUUCAUCCCACAAUAAUUCUAUUGGAUUUAGAUCCAAUUGUGGGGGCCAUUUCAUCAUUUCUAACACCACUAUCCUUUUUUUUAAUAGUUGAGACAAAGAUGCGUGUUUUGGGUCAUUAUCUUACUGAAACACAUACCCACGGCCAAUUAGGUGCAUCACUGAAGGGUUAGUAUGCGUUUUUAAUAUGUAAUGGGAACCAUUUCUGUCCACGUUUAAUUCUGUAGAGAUUCAGCAUAAGAAAAACACCCCACACUAUCAUGGAGCCACCUCCAUAUUUAAUAGUUGGAGUUAUAGCAUCUGGGUGCAUUUUUACUAAAUAUCCGCUUCGCUUUUGCCCAAAGGUUUCGAAUUGGACUUAUCAGUCCACAGGACUUAUUUCCAGUUUUCUACUGUUCAAUAUUUAUGUGCAAGGGUCCAUUUUAGUCUUUUUUUUUCUGUUUCCGCGCCGCAAGAGUGGUAUCUUUGUAGAAAUUCUGCCAUUUAGGUCUACUUUUUGUAAGCGUUUUUUUACUACACUUAUUUAAAUCUGUUUAUUGUGACUAUCAUUGAACCGCAUUUGAAUUUCCGGUGCUGUAAGCUUCCUAUUCAUUUUCGACAUGAAGAUUAGGGACUUAUCCUAAUUGAAUUUCAAUGUAAUGAGGGUAAAUGAUUUAGUAAUUUUUUAUUAAAAUAAAUUGAGUUUUAUCAUAAAUACUUUGACGUUUGAAAGCGAACUGGUCUUUCCCUUGUAGAUUUAUAUUUAGUUCAUUCAAAUAUUUUACAAUAUCUACUGAAAACGAAAAUCAGGAAAAUCAUGUAGUUUUUCUUUUAUCGACAAGAAUGAUACUAUUUCAUGAAGUAAAUAUUGAAACCUGUCCACAACUUUACCGAUGCUAAGCCAUCGCACUACGGUGUAAUAAAGAAUUUCGUAAAAAUCACUUUCAAUUUCUUACAAAAAUUCAACAAACUGUCGAUCGAUGAUUUAAAACACGUCCACGGAUAAAAUUCACAACUUUUGUCACAACAGUAUCAAAAUAAUAUAUCCCGUUCUGGCUACAACUCUUUUACUUUGUCGUUUUAUUAAACCGACAUUUGUCCUUGUUAAACUAAGACAGUCAUCCGUAGUGAUGCUUACUAUUUUAUUCCAAAUUAAAUUUACUUUAACUAAACACUAUUCAACAGCGAUAAAGAAGUCGUCGCGGUAGUUGUACCUUUAAUUGGAUGUACACUAAGAAAUUCCUCGCUUAUUUCACAUUUCUUGUUAGUGCCUCGGAUAAAUGUUGAUAACUUACUUGUGUCAGUAAUAUUGCAGAGAACAAUAUGUAAAAUGAGUAAUUUUUGAUCAUAGCUGGUCAAGUAAAUUUUCCGCAUAUAUUUCGAUCCGGUCUUUUUGGGAAGGCUCAUAUUUUCAAAAAUAUGUUACUUUCAAGGACAACAUAUUUCCCAUACUUGUAUCAUGCAUUGUUUAACAAAUCCUGCUUCGGUAAAAGGUUUGCAGAACUUAGCAAUUUUAUGUGCAACAGAAUAACUUCCUUUAGUUGUAGAUUUCUCAAUGUUACUUUGUUUGAUAAACACAUGUUGUUGCUUAAUCAAGAUUUCUAUUAUUUUUUUUUCUGCUACACUUCGAAGUUUUUUUAAAGAUAGUGAGAUGCAUAUUUUGGAUGUUUUGAUUCAAAAUGCAUGUUUAAAUUGUAUACCUAGAAAACAGCAAUUGAUUCCUGGUAAACGAAACAAAUUACUUUCUUAUCAAUGUUUGUAAAAAGGUAUUUUACCGUUCAUGCUUCAUUGAAACUUCUGCAUUUCAAAUAAGUGUAUGAGAGAAUUUUUAACGGGUCGGACAAAGUAAGCAUAAGCGUCGGAUUAGGCUCUCUUCCAACCCUGUUCUUAAGGAUCUAAACUUUAAAAGAAUGCAAAAAAUAGCUUUUUUCAAAUUCCUAAACCAGAAUACACCCUUAAUAGAUUUAAAAAUACUAGUCUAGUAGGUUCAUUAGAUGUUGUAUAUGUUGUAGAAUUUCAAUUUUCUUUGCCAAUUUUGUUGUGAGAUUUUUAAAAUUAUUUUAUAUCCUCUUAAAGGAAUGACCGAACACGUUACCAAAUAACCAAUUAUGCGAUGCUCAAUAAUUGCCAAUUAAUCAAACAAUACUAAUUACGUGCAAAUAAUUUCUUCUGAUUAUACUACAAAUUUUAUUCAGUAAAACGACACCCGAAUAGGUAGAUGAUUUUUUUUUCAUCGGUUCAUUAAUUAAGAAAAAUAAUUUCAUUAUACUUGAUUUAUUUCACAAAAAUAAAGAUUUAUAUGAAUAAUAAUUAUAUUGUGGAAAAAAAUUUAUAUUGAAUUUAUGUGAAGCAAACUUUUUUCUUUGUUGGUUUUGAAAUACUAAAGCAAAAUGAUACUCAACCUUGGCAUUACAAAAAAAAUACAGUACAUGUUUAAAAUCAUAUAUUCAAUUAUAAACGAUUGUAUCAGUAGGUACUGUCAAAUGCCAAAUUAAAUUAAUAAUAAACUCGUAAGUACUGAA